AACCACGCCCAACGACCAACACCCAUUCUCGAUUGCCGACUGAUCAUCAGAAUCUGCAAUCAUGGGUAUCUCUCGCGACUCCCGUCACAAGCGCUCCGCUACCGGUGCCAAGCGCGCAUACUACAGGAAGAAGCGCGCUUUCGAGGCCGGUCGCCAGGAGGCCAACACCCGUAUCGGUGCCAAGCGCAUCCACACCGUCCGCACCCGCGGCGGCAACCACAAGUACCGCGCCCUGCGUCUUGACUCUGGCAACUUCGCCUGGGCCUCCGAGGGCACCACCCGCAAGACCCGUGUCAUCGGUGUCGCCUACCACCCCUCCAACAACGAGCUCGUCCGCACCAACACCCUGACCAAGUCGGCCGUCAUCCAGAUCGACGCCGCCCCCUUCCGUCAGUGGUACGAGGCCCACUACGGCCAGGCCCUCGGCCGCAGGCGCCAGCAGAAGCAGGCCGCCGCCGCCGGCAAGCCCGUCGAGGAGGAGGUCAAGAAGUCCAAGGCCGUCGAGAAGAAGCAGGCCGCCCGCUUCGCCGCUCAGGGCAAGGUCGACCCGGCCCUCGAGAAGCAGUUCGAGGCCGGUCGCCUGUACGCCGUCAUCGCCUCGCGCCCCGGCCAGUCCGGCCGCUGCGAUGGCUACAUCCUCGAGGGUGAGGAGCUCGCCUUCUACCAGCGCAAGCUCCACAAGUAGAG